UUUCAGCGGUUCAGUUGUUGUUUGCAGUUAAUAACGCGCAGUUAUCAGCAGCGAUCACAUUGAGCAUGAAGCUGCACCAGAUGACCCAGUUACGAGUGAUGUGGCAUGCCGCCAUACUGUUGCUCUGCCUCGCCCAACUGACGCAGGCGGUGACCACAGCCAAGCCCAAGACCCUAGUACAGGCAACACAGCCAACAAGCACCACAACUACAGUAAAGACUAGACAGCUACAACAACAACCGGCACAAACUCAACAAAAGAAGCAAGAUCCUAAAUGUCUGCAGCCUCUGGAGAUCGGUCCAUGUCGCAUGAGUCUGGAGCGUUACUAUUACAACAAGGAUAAGAAUGCCUGCGAAACGUUCAAAUACGGCGGCUGCCGAGGCAACGACAAUCGCUGGGGUUUCCAGCAGACUUGCGAAGAGGCGUGCCUCAUCAGAAAGUGAUUCAAGAUAUAUUCAGUCAUACACACGCAGACACAACGCAUAAUUUUUAGACAAAUAAACAUUUGAAAUCAAA